CGAUGAGCGAGAAAGGUGGUGUCGCAGCUCUGUAGUAGAAUUGUUCCAUCCAUGUCGCGCGUCACGGAAGUUUGAGGAAGAGGGCGGAGGAAGCAGCCCGGUGUUGCCAAGACGCGGAGCGCGAAGAUGAUGAUUGAAGCGUCUUUUGCGUCACCGUCUGCUUUUUUGUCCACCUCGCUUUCGCCCAUAGCUGUUGCUUCUAUUCAGCCUGUAAUACUAGGACAUAGCCACACACGCACAAGAUGGCUUCAACAAUUCCCGCUGCCAACGCUGCCUCGCAGCCCAGCUUCGUCAAGCUCGAACCGUCAUCGUCAUUAUGGGAUCGCAUCACAGGCUGGGCCUCUGAGCACAAGGCUGCUGUCUACACCAUUGCUGGUAUCACUCUGGUUGCCACCGGUGCUGGAAUCUACUACUACACAUCCGAGUCUGCUCCUCCCACACCGCAAGAUCUUGAAGCUGCUGCCGAGAAGAAGAAGGCCCGCAAGGAGAACAAGAAGGCCAAGAAGAACGCACAGAAGGAGCAGAAGUCUGCUUCGCCCGAACCAAAGGUCCAAGAGAAGUCACAAACCGCGUCAGUACAGAGCGAGGAUGACGUGCCCGAGGUGACAGAUUCCAUGGUCGCAAGCUUGUCGGAAGAGACCAAGAAGGACUACGCUGCUAAGCUCAAGGCUGCUGGUAACAAGGCAUAUGGAUCAAAGGACUACAACCGCGCAAUCGAGCUGUACGGCCAAGCUCUGCUGUGCAAGGCCGACCCCGUCUUCUACUCGAACCGUGCCGCCUGCUGGAACGCCAUGUCCAACUGGGAGCGCGUUAUUGAGGACACCACAGCUGCCGUCAACCUCGAUCCCGAAUACGUCAAGGCCCUCAAUCGCCGCGCAAAUGCCUACGAGCAAACAGACAAGUACAGCGAGGCUCUCCUCGACUUCACGGCCAGCUGCAUCAUCGACGCCUUCCGUAACACCCAAGCCGCCGAGGCAGUCGAGCGUCUGCUCCGAAAGGUGGCCGAACAGAAGGCCAAGGCCAUCAUGGAGAAGAAGCAGCGCCGUCUGCCGAGCGCCACCUUCAUCACCAACUACCUCCAGAGCUUCCGCGACAGACCCCUUCCCGAAUCCAUUUCCGAGAGUGCCGAUUUGUCCGAGAAGAGCGGAAAGUGGUGGUUGCGCAAGGGUCUGUUGGCCAUGGAGAAGAAGACGGGUGAGGGUUACAACGAGGCUGCUGAUGCCUUUGAUGCGGCCAUCGAAGCUGGCGACCUCGGCGACAACGAGGCCUUUGCAUACAACAUGCGCGGUACCUUCAAGUACCUGCGUGGUGAGACCGACGCCAUCGAAGACCUGAACAAGAGCAUUGAAUUGGACGUCGCCCUUACUCAGAGCUACGUCAAGCGUGCAAGCAUGCACCUCGAGGCCGGCCGUCGCGAGGAAGCGGCACAGGACUUCGAGGACGCCAUCAGCCAAAACGACAAGGACCCUGAUGUUUACUACCACCGCGCACAGCUCAACUUCAUCCUCGGCGAUUUCGGUGAGGCAGCCAAAGACUACCAGAAGUCCAUCGACCUCGACUCCGCUUUCAUCUUCUCUCACAUCCAGCUUGGUGUUACUCAAUACAAGAUGGGCAGCAUCGCCUCGUCCAUGGCCACUUUCCGCCGCUGCAUCAAGAACUUCGAGACAGUGCCUGAUGUCUACAACUACUACGGUGAGCUGUUGCUCGACCAGCAAAAGUACCAGGAGGCCAUCACAAAGUUCGAGACGGCCGUCGAGUUGGAGCAGAAGGAGCGCGUCACUGGUAUGAACGUCCUUCCCUUGAUCAACAAGGCUUUGGCUCUCUUCCAGUGGAAGCAAGACUUUACGACUGCCCAAGAGCUGUGCGAGAAGGCUUUGAUCAUCGACCCUGAAUGCGAUAUCGCCGUUGCCACCAUGGCCCAGCUUCUCCUCCAGCAAGGCAAGGUCCCCGAGGCUCUCGAGUACUUUGAAAAGGCCGCCGAGCUCUCCCGCACGGAGGGCGAGAUCGUCAACGCCCUUUCAUACGCCGAGGCCACUCGCACCCAGCUCGAAGUCCAGGAGAAGUACCCCCAGCUCGCCAGCAGAUUGAACGGCAUGCCGGCUUCACCCGCCAUGCGAUAAGCGAUCAUCGCAGGCAAAGAAGAAAGACGAAAAAGAUAUCCUCACGAAGGAUAAGUCGAUCGAGGAUGAAACACACACACAAACGAAAGGGAGAAAUCUUGAGGCUCUCCAGCAAGCAAAAAGUUGAAGUUGGAAGUC